AAAAGUAAAAGACUAAGCUAACCAUCAAAUCAUUAUAAAUAGGGGUUCAUCUUAGGCUUAACUCCUCACAAACUACACAUACAUACAUCAAAAAUCAUGGCUAAGUUUGCUUCUAUCGUCGCCCUUCUCUUCGCUGCUCUUGUUGUCUUUGCUGCUUUUGAAGCACCAACAGUGGUGGAAGCAAAGUUGUGCGAGAGGUCAAGUGGAACAUGGUCAGGAGUCUGUGGAAACAAUAACGCAUGCAAGAAUCAGUGCAUUCGACUUGAAGGAGCACAACAUGGAUCUUGCAACUAUGUGUUCCCUGCUCACAAGUGUAUCUGCUAUUUCCCAUGUUAAUCUACCACAAUCGUUGGUGCUUGUAUGUUUACUUACCGUUUCUUGUGUGCUUAUUUGCAUUAAAUAAGUCUGUGUCACUAUGAGUGACCUCAUGACAUGUAGCAGAUAUGUUAUGUUGGCUUUUCUUUUGUCACGAAUAUUCUAUGUUGGUUUGUUUUAAUAAAAUAUAAACAUUUGUCUUGGGUA